AUUCAAAAAUUAGCCGGGCGUGAUGGUGUGUGCCUGUAGUCCCAGCUACUUGGGAGGCUGAGGCAUGAGAAUGGCUCACUGCAGAGGUUGCAGUGAGCCGAGAUAGCGCCACUGCACUCCAGCUUGCUCUGGGCGACAGAGCAAGACUCUGUCUGAAACAACAACAACAACAACAACAACAACAAAACCAAAGUACUCAGGCCCCUCUUAGACAGUUGACCUCAUGGAUUCCCCCUGAGCCCUGCUCUGUGGGUUAGGGAUGUGGCCUGCAGGCAAUUAUGACUUCAGGCUCUGCCUUUUGGACCUGGACAUUGGGCCUGGACUAUACUGUAAGGGGAGAACAUGGCAGGCACUGCUGGCCCCAGCCCUCUAAGGCUCUCGUUAUCGCCCAGUUUGCCAGGAGGUGGGGAGACUCCUCUGCAGAGCUGAGGAACUGCGUGUGGAGUCAGCCCAGUCUGGAUGCACAGGAGGAUGCCGGCGGCACAGUGAGUGAGGCCUGGUGCCAGAGCUGUGCGGACCCCUCAUUGGCCAUGAAGCAGCAGGCCCAGAGGCCCUCUCCCCAGCCCUGCUUGCCUGCCUCGGAGAGGACAGAGGCCUAGGCCCACGGGGGAGGGUAUUGGCAGACAGAUGCCCUCCAGGCCCUGGGGCCUCCUUGACGGCCCCUUAACGACACGUGUGCCAAGGGUGGAGGAUGCCAACAAAGGGGCGCUACUUCCUCAACGAGGGCGAGGAGGGCCCUGACCAAGAUGCGCUCUACGAGAAGUACCAGCUCACCAGCCAUCAUGGGCCGCUGCUGCUCACGCUCCUGCUGGUGGCCGCCACUGCCUGUGUGGCCCUCAUCAUCAUCGUCUUCAGCCAGGGGGACCCCUCCAGACACCAGGCCAUUCUGGGCAUGGCGUUCCUGGCGCUGGCGGUGUUUGCAGCCCUCUCUGUGCUGAUGUACGUCGAGUGUCUCCUGCGGCGCUGGCUCAGGGCCUUGGCGCUGCUCACCUGGGCCUGCUUGGUGGUGCUGGGCUACGUGCUGGUGUUUGACGCAUGGACAAAGGCGGCCUGUGCGUGGGAGCAGGUGCCCUUCUUCCUGUUCAUCGUCUUCGUGGUGUACACACUGCUGCCCUUCAGCAUGCGGGGCGCUGUCGCCGUUGGGGCCGUCUCUACUGCCUCCCACCUCCUGGUGCUCGGUGCUUUGAUGGGAGGCUUCACAACACCCAGUGUCCGGGUGGGGCUGCAGCUGCUGGCCAACGCAGUCAUCUUCCUGUGCGGGAACCUGACAGGCGCCUUCCACAAGCACCAAAUGCAGGAUGCGUCCCGGGACCUCUUCACCUACACUGUGAAGUGCAUCCAGAUCCGCCGGAAGCUGCGCAUCGAGAAGCGCCAGCAGGAGAACCUGCUGCUGUCGGUGCUUCCGGCCCACAUCUCCAUGGGCAUGAAGCUGGCCAUCAUUGAACGGCUCAAGGAGCAUGGCGACCGUCGCUGCAUGCCUGACAACAACUUCCACAGCCUCUACGUCAAAAGGCACCAGAAUGUCAGCAUCCUCUAUGCGGACAUUGUGGGCUUCACGCAGCUGGCCAGCGACUGUUCCCCCAAGGAGUUGGUGGUGGUGCUGAAUGAGCUCUUUGGCAAGUUCGACCAGAUCGCCAAGGCCAACGAGUGCAUGCGAAUCAAGAUCCUCGGUGACUGCUACUACUGUGUAUCGGGCCUGCCCGUGUCGCUGCCCACCCACGCCCGGAACUGCGUGAAGAUGGGGCUGGACAUGUGCCAGGCCAUCAAGCAGGUGCGGGAGGCCACGGGCGUGGACAUCAGCAUGCGUGUGGGCAUACACUCGGGGAAUGUGCUGUGCGGGGUCAUCGGGCUGCGCAAAUGGCAGUAUGACGUGUGGUCCCACGAUGUGUCCCUGGCCAACCGGAUGGAGGCAGCCGGAGUACCCGGCCGUGUGCACAUCACGGAGGCGACGCUGAAGCACCUGGACAAGGCGUACGAGGUGGAAGACGGGCACGGGCAGCAGCGGGACCCCUACCUCAAGGAGAUGAACAUCCGAACCUACCUGGUCAUCGACCCCCGGAGCCAGCAGCCACCCCCGCCCAGCCAACACCUCCCCAGGCCCAAGGGAGACGCGGCCCUGAAGAUGCGGGCGUCAGUGCGCAUGACCCGGUACCUCGAGUCCUGGGGGGCGGCACGGCCCUUUGCGCAUCUCAACCACCGUGAGAGCGUGAGCAGUGGUGAGACCCCCGUCCCCAACGGGCGGAGGCCUAAGAGCGUUCCCCAGCGCCACCGCCGGACCCCAGACAGAAGCAUGUCCCCCAAGGGGCGGUCGGAGGAUGACUCGUACGAUGAUGAGAUGCUGUCAGCCAUCGAGGGGCUCAGCUCCACGAGGCCCUGCUGCUCCAAGUCCGACGACUUCUACACUUUCGGGUCCAUCUUCCUGGAGAAGGGCUUUGAGCGCGAGUACCGCCUGGCACCCAUCCCCCGGGCCCGCCACGACUUUGCCUGCGCCAGCCUGAUCUUCAUCUGCAUCCUGCUCGUCCAUGUCCUGCUCAUGCCCAGGACGGCGGCACUGGGUGUGUCCUUCGGGCUGGUGGCCUGUGUACUGGGGCUGGUGCUGGGCCUGUGCUUUGCCACCAAGUUCUCGAGGUGCUGCCCAGCCCGGGGGACGCUCUGCACUAUCUCUGAGAGGGUGGAGACGCAGCCCCUGCUGAGGCUGACCCUGGCCGUCCUGACCAUCGGCAGCCUGCUCACUGUGGCCAUCAUCAACCUGCCCCUGAUGCCUUUCCCAGUCCCAGAGCUGCCUGUUGGCAAUGAGACAGGCCUACCGGCCGCAAGCAGCAAGACAAGAGCCCUGUGCGAGCCCCUCCCGUACUACACCUGCAGCUGUGUCCUGGGCUUCAUCGCCUGCUCCGUCUUCCUGAGGAUGAGCCUGGAGCCAAAGGUUGUGCUGCUGACAGUGGCCCUGGUGGCCUACCUGGUGCUCUUCAACCUCUCCCCAUGCUGGCAGGGGGACUGCUGCGGCCAAGGCCUGGGCAACCUCACUGAGCCCAACAGCACCACCAGCGGCACCCCUAGCUGUUCCUGGAAGGACCUGAAGACCAUGACCAAUUUCUACCUGGUCCUGUUCUACAUCACCCUGCUCACUCUCUCCAGACAGAUAGACUAUUACUGCCGCUUGGACUGCCUAUGGAAGAAGAAGUUCAAGAACGAGCACGAGGAGUUUGAGACCAUGGAGAAUGUGAACCGCCUUCUUCUGGAGAACGUCCUGCCAGCCCACGUGGCCGCCCACUUUAUUGGUGACAAGUUAAACGAGGACUGGUACCAUCAGUCCUAUGACUGCGUCUGUGUCAUGUUUGCCUCCGUACCGGACUUUAAAGUGUUCUACACGGAGUGUGAUGUCAACAAAGAAGGGCUGGAGUGCUUGCGCCUGCUCAAUGAGAUCAUUGCCGACUUCGACGAGCUCCUACUGAAGCCCAAGUUCAGCGGUGUGGAGAAGAUCAAGACCAUCGGCAGCACGUACAUGGCAGCUGCAGGGCUCAGUGUCACCUCAGGGCACGAGAACCAGGAGCUGGAGCGGCAGCAUGCCCACAUUGGUGUCAUGGUGGAGUUCAGCAUCGCCCUGAUGAGUAAGCUGGAUGGCAUCAACAGGCACUCCUUCAACUCCUUCCGCCUCCGAGUCGGCAUAAACCAUGGGCCUGUGAUUGCUGGAGUGAUUGGGGCCCGAAAACCUCAGUAUGACAUCUGGGGAAACACAGUCAACGUGGCCAGCCGAAUGGAGAGCACUGGAGAACUUGGGAAAAUCCAGGUUACCGAGGAGACCUGCACCAUCCUCCAGGGCCUCGGGUACUCUUGUGAAUGCCGUGGCCUGAUCAAUGUCAAAGGCAAAGGCGAGCUGAGGACUUACUUUGUCUGUACGGACACUGCCAAGUUUCAGGGGCUGGGGCUGAACUGAGGGCUCCUGCUGGAUUCCGAAAAGGCUGGGAAGCCAAUCUCCUUCCCUGAAACAAGCCCAGGAGAAGACUCCGUCCCACGCCAAUCCCAAAGGCACGCAGAUGGCUGUGCAUGUUGGCUUCUUUGGACCUGCACUGGAGGAUUUCUCAGACACAUGCACCAGAUUCUGGCUCGAAGCAGCCACUGAGCCAUAAUGCGCAGGGGAGGCCAGAACCUCUGUGCCUGGUCUGUAACAGUUUCCAGGCCAGCUGGAGAAUGUUCAAUGGUUCAGGGCUGACUUUCAGAUCUUUGUUCCCUGAGGUGCUAUGGAGGCAACUUUAGCAUGUGAUGAAAAUAGACGCCCACCUCAGUGGCCUGUGGGCACGCACAAGUGAGGUCUGUUUUUCUAGACACCAAGGGGGAGUAAGCUGAGCUGUCUAGCACGGAUUGGAGACUCCCUCUCCCCGGUGGGUCUGGCAAUGACAGCAUUUCUCACAGAGGCAUUCCGGUAAAUGAAGCUGAAAGGGGUGUUUUACAUCUGUAAACGGCUUCAAACAGUAGAGAGAAAAACACCAUAAUUAACACUGUUACUUUUUGCCUUGUCUGGCAUGUUUGUUUUAAAUGAAUACAUUAAUGGGGUUUUUAUCCUCUUGAAUGACUUUUUAGACACUAGACAUAAAUCUCUUCCCUCCAGUGUAUGCUCUGCCUUUUUAACCACUGACAUGUAAGGAGGACUACUGUCUAGAGUCAGCUUAUGGGGUCAGCUGGCUGUGGGGAUAGAGUCCUGAGGAAUGAGGAAUGUGGUCACAGCAAGAAGGCAGGGAGCAGAAGAGCCUUGCCUUUGAAUGAGGCAGCUUGUGAGGCAAGCAUUCUGGAGAGAGGUGCUUUGAAAGUAAGGUGCGGCCUUUCAGCUCUUCUUGAUUACUCACACAUCUUUGCGUUCUCCCCUGCCGUCCUUCAACUAUAUCUUACUUUUCUUACUGGAAAGGAAUGGAGUCUGUUUAGAGAUAAUUUGGACAACCUGUGAGUGCAUCUCUUUUUUUCCUUUAGUCUUCACAGCCAACUCUGGAGACCUUUAAAACUAGAAGGAUCUACUCAGCAUGGGUGCGUGCAGAGGCUCCUGGAUCUGGGAAGCCCGCCCCCUCACAAAUGCUGAGCCAUUCUUGCUCUGAAACUGCAUGAGUCAAGGCAAAUGCAAAAAGCCAGGUUUUGGGGAUGUGUCUUACUGUGCUUCAACUUCCCAAGGAAUUGAAACUCAACCUGUUAACAGGGUGAGAAAUGACCAAACUGCCCGUGCCUUUUUCUGAAUGGACUUCAUAACCAGAAGACUUGACUUAACCAAUGGCCUCAUCACCAGAGCAUCGCCAGGAUUUCCAAUGCACUCAGUUUCCCUGCAUAGCAGGGAUUCUUAGCUAGGUGUCACCAUGAACCCUGUGAAGUUCUACAAAAAGUCUUGCAUACAGGAGCCUUUACAAGAUUAUACAGGGUUGCAGAUUGGGUGACUGACCAGACUUGUUGGGGUCCUGGGAUGAGUUGCCCCCUGGCUGCAAAUUAAGAGUACAGCUAAGUGUGCGGGUGGCGGUGGAGGGGACGAAAAUUGAACCUGUCUGCCUGUGCUGUGUCAUGUGUGGCUUUAUCAGCCCGAGGAAGGGCAGGUGUAUUCUAAUUUGCACAAAGGUGCUGGGUAGACUAGUGGCAGCUCUGAUGUGCUGCACAUAACUGGAAUCAGUAUGAACAGAAGAACUUGCUAUAUAAAGGAAUUUCAUGGCAACAAUGCUGGUAAGGGCAAUUAGGCUCGCUUAAGUUGCCUUUUUUACACACCAACUUUUUACAUGAGGGGCUGGUUUCACAUGAAUACUAUACUGAAAUCUGUGCUCUCAAGAUCUAGCAGUGACCAGGGAUGCCCAGUGGGGGCUCUCCUGGCAAGUCAGGAAAGUUUCUGUUGCUAAUAUGGAAACACAUCAGUGUACUGGGCCUCUCUGAGGUCAGCAUAUUUGUACUCUUGCAAUAUUUAAGUAAGUUGUUUUUUUCUUCAGUAACAGAAACCCCAGUUGGGAGUUUAACAAAUAACUGAUUACCACUCAUGCAUUUUUAUUUCCAAUUAAAGCACUGUGCUGUGCUCAGAUAAUAAUAGUUGGUAAGUUUUUAGUUUUCAGUGUUCAGGUUACAGAAUAUAACUGACCAUAAAAAUUACCUGCAGGUAUUUAUUUUCUUUUUAUGAACUUGUUUUUAAAUUACCAAGUAAUUUCUUUACUGGUGUCAUUUUGUUUUAUGACAGAAACAUGUAUCUAACAGUGACCUUCUCCAUGGGUCAAGGACUUCCUUACAUAUUUCUCCUGAGUUAACUGGUGAAAAUAAUACCUGAAGUUUUCUGGCUUGAGGAAAUUUCCUAACAGAAGAGAAGAUCAUUAACCACUGUAUACUUUGUGUAUAUAAUAGGUCAGUGUAAAGAAAUAUGAUUUGAGGUGGUGCACGCAAGUAACUAGGGUUUAUUCUAUAUAAUGAAUAUUUAUAGAUCUGUAACAUUUGUUUCAAAAUGCUGUUUCAUUUUUAUAAAGUACCAGUAUUUAGCUGCUUUUUAUACAUUACAUUAAAUUAGCAAUUUGAAAAACUCAAA